CCAGACGUUACAGCGCGCUGCGUUGGACGCCGACGUAAUCCCCACAAACGCCUGUAGAGUUUUACUUUCCAAUAAAAGGCUCCGAACAGCGCCUGAGCGCGUGCUUAGCUAAUAGCCUUGAGGAAUUCUGGUUACUUUUGGAAGAUUAAUUUUGUAAGAUUGGGUAAUCUUUAAAAAUUUGAAGCGGAAAUGGAAAGUUAUAAGAAGUGAUUCCGGUUCAAUGGGACGGUUUUGAACUGCUCUCUGGAAAGUGACCAUUGUUGUAAUCAGGUCGGGGCUGUUAUUAUUCCUACUUGCUGACCUUCUUAGUUUCCCCACAGCUUCGCAGCAAGAAUAGAGCGUACUUUAUUUGAUUGUCAUGAAAGAAAUGUCAAGCAACAUGCCUGGAGGGCAGCAGCCUCAGAAACACUAUGGCAUCACAUCUGCCAUUAGCCUCGCACCUCCAAGAGACAUAGACCAUCAGUACACGAAGAAACUCUGCGAUGCUAUGAAGCCUUUUGGAGUGUUUGAAGAUGAAGAGGAAUUAAAUCACAGACUUGCUGUUCUGGGAAAAUUGAAUAACUUUGUCAAAGAAUGGAUCGCAGAGAUCAGUGAAUUAAAGAACCUUCCGCCCUCAGCUAUCAGCUGCGUUGGGGGCAAGAUAUUUACGUUUGGUUCAUAUCGUCUUGGAGUCCACACAAAAGGAGCUGAUAUUGAUGCCCUAUGUGUGGCUCCUCGUCAUGUAGAAAGGAGUGACUUUUUUCAGUCUUUCUUUGAGAAAUUCAAACAGCAUGAAGAGAUCAAGGACCUGAGGGCUGUCGAGGAUGCUUUUGUUCCUGUUAUAAAAUUCAAAUUUGAUGGAAUAGAGAUUGACCUGCUUUUUGCCAGACUGGCAUUACAAUCCAUUCCAGACAACCUUGACCUCCGGGGAGAUUCCAUCCUAAGAAAUUUAGACAUUCGUUGCAUUCGAAGUCUUAAUGGUUGUCGGGUGACUGAUGAAAUACUAUACCUAGUGCCAAACAAAGAAAACUUCAGGCUGACCUUGAGAGCCAUUAAACUUUGGGCAAAACGUCGUGGGAUCUACUCCAACAUGCUGGGCUUUCUGGGUGGAGUAUCAUGGGCCAUGCUUGUAGCAAGGACCUGCCAGCUCUACCCUAAUGCUGUUGCUGCAACCCUCGUCCACAAGUUCUUCCUGGUUUUCUCCAAAUGGGAGUGGCCAAACCCUGUGCUGUUGAAACAACCGGAGGACAGUAAUCUGAAUUUACCUGUAUGGGAUCCUAGGGUAAAUCCAUCUGAUAGAUAUCACCUGAUGCCCAUCAUCACACCUGCCUAUCCCCAGCAAAACUCCACGUACAAUGUCUCCACUUCAACGCGUACCAUUAUGAGUGAAGAGUUUAAAUUUGGUCUCAGCGUCACAGAUGAGAUCCUUCAGGGAAAAGCUGAAUGGCCAAAGCUCUUUGAACCGCCCAAUUUCUUCCAGAAAUACAAACAUUACAUUGUCCUGACAGCCAGUGCGUCAACGGAAGAAAAUCAUUUAGAAUGGAUUGGACUUGUUGAGUCAAAGAUUCGAGUUUUGGUGGGGAACCUGGAGAGAAAUGAGUAUAUUAACCUGGCACAUGUAAAUCCCCAGUCCUUCCCUGGGUCCAAAGAGAACCGGAAUGAGAAUGACUUUGUGUCCAUGUGGUUCAUCGGUAUCAUUUUCAAGAAGGUGGAGAAUGCGGAGAGCGUGAACAUUGAUCUUACAUAUGACAUCCAGUCAUUUACCGACACUGUAUACAGACAAGCCAAUAACAUCAACAUGCUGAAGGAUGGCAUGAAGAUCGAAGCGACCCAUGUGAAGAAAAAGCAGCUCCAUCAGUACCUUCCUGCUGAGCUAGUACAGAAGAAGAAGAGGAGCAUAGCAGAGUUGAAUCGAAGCUCCAAUGGAGGGAGCUCGAAGAGGAUCUCUCUGGAUAGUAGUCACCUAGACAGUUCAAGAGACACCGACUCAGGGACUCCCUUCAGCUCCCCCACCAGCAAACCUUCCAAGCCUACAUCUGACACAGAUGACGGUGUCAGCCCCCCCAAGCAGCUUUUUGUUGAAGUUUCUCCUGCACCCAGCUCAACAGCAUUCACUAAAGAGGUCCUAUCCAUCGCGGUUGUUGGUUCUACCACUAGCUCUGUCUCAACAACACUAAGUGGGAAUAUGAUGCCCAGUGCUGCAAGCAGCCCCAACCAUGAGUCAGAGAACCUCGAGGACUCUGUCAAUGGUGCAACCAAGAGACCGCAGUCACCCGUGCAGGAAGACAUUGCCAAGAGGCAUAAAGAGGCAGAGCAGGUUGCCCCUGAUACUGAGUCUACAUUCAAGGAACCAUUUCCACCAUCAUCAGACACUCCCCGAGAAAAAACAAAUAUGACUCCUCUCUCAGAAUCAAAGCCUAAGCCAAUUCCUACGAUUGAUACUCCAAGAACACAGAGGCUUCCCAGCAUGGAGCUGCCCGACGCCUCCUCACCACUGCCAGCUAGCAACAGCUGUCGCGUCGUAAAAAAUUCCAUCAAACUUGCCCUUAACCGCCACAACAUCACACCUCCCAAGCCCCCAGUGUUUGAGGCCACAAUAACCUCUGAGGUGCCUCCUGCCUGUCAAGAAAGGGGCAUGUUCAUUCCUGUUAUCGGUUCCAAACAUGUCUCAUCCAAACACACAACCCACUCCGUUGGCAGCUCUAUCCCGACGUUGGUGAGCCGGGGAGCAGACCCUCUGAAUGGAGCCGCCUCCAAGAGAGCCCAUUCUCCCUCCCUUGAGGAGCAAGCCAAGAGGCUAAAAGAAACAGAGAAGGCCCGAAUCCACAUAGCGUGAUCACCGCAAUAGCAUCCGGAUUCAUGAAUGCACAGAGGUGGGGGGCUUUGUUGUCAGGUCCAACACACAGGUUGACUUCACACAUUCAGAUCAGCCAAUGUUGGCUGUUAUGUUGAAGGACAGACACCUCACCUCCAGAUCUCCAGUGGUGACAGAAAAACCAGUGAAUAGGUGAUUUGGUCAAACCUGAAGUUGUCAGCACUCUGCAACCAGGGUGCUUUUUACACAACACUCAACUGAGAUCUCAGACAGCAGCAUUUUUUUUUUUUUUUUACACAAACCGUUCCCCCUUUUCUUUUCUUCAUGUUUUGGUUGUUUUAAAACAAAAUUACGCCAAGCAUUUUUCGACCUUAUCUACACACAGCUGAUAUUGGCGGAUAUCUGUCGUCCAAAACAGAAAUGUCUACAGUAAUUAUGUACAUAACGUCUUUGUCUUAAGAAAAAAAGCUCAGCUUACUAUCAAGUUGCUUCUAUCAGUUUUAUCUAAAAAUGGAAAAAAAAAAGUUUAAAAAAAUUAUUUUUCCUCAUGGCUUGUUCAAAAGAAUUUUUUUUUUGUUUGUUUUUGUUUUUGAGAAACAAACACUGUUUGGAUAAAGAAGCAUUGAUGUAAUGGUUUGCUUGGAUUUGACAGCAAUCCACAACCAUAUUUUUUGGACCACACGGACCACUGAAAAGGAUUCCAGGUUUGUAUCAGUCUUUUAAGUGUGCAGUUGUUGUUUCCCAAAAACAGACCCAGCAGUGCUUUUUAAGUGGUUGUCACAGACAAUAGUCAGGGAAAUCAGGCUUUCUGAAGUGAUGAAAUUGUUCCAUUCUAGGAGUUUCGGAGAAGGAGAGUUGCCAUGGACUGAACAAAAAGAUGAGUUCCUUUUUUUUAAUGUUUGCUUCAAUCUGAGGCUACAAACAGUCUGUGUUACUCCCAAAGCUACACUUGGGUCAUCAUCCUAGCCUUUUGGGCUUUAGGAGAGUGAUACAGUCUCCGACGCCUUCAUAGCGCCCCCGUCUGGGGAUACCUGUUGACUUCCCUGCCAGUGACGCAAAGGUUUGUGGUGCUUGGUGAAAACUGGUUCAAAGCUUUGUUGUUCUAGUUUGUGUGUAUGCAUGCGUGUGUGUGUGGUGUGUGUGUGUGUGCGUGCGUGUUGUCGUUUGUGUGUGUGUGUGUUUGUGUGUGUGUGUGAGCACACGCAUGCAUAUAUGGUUGUUUUGGAGAGAGACAAAGUUCCUUGUUUUGGGUAUUAAACCUAUGCACCUCCUGUGGAGGUUCUUAAAAGGCAUCUCCUGGGGCCACAGGGAGGGCAUCAGGAGACUUUUUUUUUCCUUUUUUCCUGUCCAAAACCCCAUCCCUCCAUCACACUUCAUCUGACGCUGGUUGGAUUUCAGCACUUAGGUGAUGUGAACAACGUACUGCUGCAUUUGUAACCAACAAGGAGCCUUCUUCCUCAGAGCAGGUACUGUUUUGACACUGGCUCUUUUUCCAGUUUCAAAUUCCCAUUCCCCAAAAUGUACAGAUAUGUUUUUUUCCCCCAACAAAAUAUCACAUGCUUCGUUAUUGGGGGGUUUCUUAUCAAUUAAUUUAUAUUUGCAUAUUUGUACCUUUUUUUUUUUUUUUUUUUUUUUUAAUAGCAUUCGUAAUAGGUAGGUAUUUUUUGACAGAACUGCACCACCCUGUUUCAGACAAUUUUGUUGUUGAAACAUUUAACAAAAAGGUCAUUUAGAUGUUUGUUUCUAAAAUGUAUUGAAAGGGUAUUUUUGUAUGUGUUAUCACUUCAUGUAAAUGAAUCUGUACAAC